AUGCGUUACUCUCUCUUUCUUUUGGUGCUUCUGCCCCUCACAUUCGCUCAAUAUCCACCUAUUUCAAACCUCACUAGAAUAACGUCCCCAGUCGAUGGGAAUAUCACCAUCUCUUACAAAACACCACCAACAGGCACCUGCCAAACGGUUUUCGAUUCUCAAGAACAAUAUACAGGUUGGGUUAAUAUACCGGGCAGUUAUGCGACGAACACAUUCUUUUGGUUCAUCUCUGCGAGAGAUCCUACAGAUCAACUUACGAUAUGGCUAAAUGGAGGGCCAGGCUCCAGCUCGAUGAUUGGACUUUUCAAUGAAAAUGGUCCUUGUGAGGUUAUUGAAGUAGCACAGGGGAAGUUUGCGACGGAAGCUAGGGACUGGGGCUGGGAUAGAGCUUCCAAUAUGCUAUAUAUUGAUCAGCCCAACCAAGUUGGAUUUUCAUAUGACACGCCUACUAAUUGCUCUCUCGACCUUCUUACGUCCGAUCUUUAUACUCCACAGCAGACUCUCCCAAAUUCGCAGCCUGCGGAUACAUUUUUAAAUGGAACGUUUAGCUCUCUGAACGUCAAUAAUACCGCCAAUACUACUGAGAUAGCAGGAAUGGCUAUAUGGCACAUGCUCCAAGGAUUUCUUGGUGCCUUUCCACAAUAUGCUCCAAACAAUAGUUCCGCUAUGAAUAUUCACUUGUUCGCAGAGAGUUAUGGUGGAAAAUAUGGUCCAGCUUUCGCAACCCUUUGGGAAGAGCAGAACGAGAAGCGUGCAAACGGCACGUUACCUCAAAGCACAACCAUUGACAUUAAACUCAAAUCACUCGGAAUAGUCAAUGGUUGUGUGGAUGACUUAAUUCAAGCCCCUUAUUAUCCUGAUUUUGCAGUUAAUAAUACCUUCGGCCUCAGUGCUAUCAAUCCCACAAGGGCAAAAUUGGCGACUGCCAACUUUUACGCUUCUGGUGGCUGCAAGGACCUAAUUACUCAAUGUCGAGCCGCUGUGCAAAGUCAGGACCCUACAAAUGAGGGCAAUGUCUCAAGUGUCAACAGUGCUUGUUCCAAUGCAUAUAACAGUUGUCUGACGAACGUGCUGGAACCAUAUUAUGAUGCUGGAAGAAGUGUAUACGAUAUUUCCCAUAAUCUACCUGAUUCAUUUCCACCCAGUACAUACCUCGAGUACCUCAAUACUGCUGAUUUUCAAUCUGCUAUUGGUUCACCAGUCAAUUACACUGAGACAAAUCUGCAAGUUGUUGCUGCUUUCACAUCCACUGGCGACUACGAGCGUAAAUCUUACGUACCAGAAAUAGCUGCGCUCGUAAAUUCUGGAAUUCAUGUUGGGUUGAUGUAUGGUGACAGGGAUUAUAUCUGUAAUUGGCUUGGUGGUGAAGCUAUCUCUUUAGCUGUUGCAGAACAAGUUUCUUCUGAAUAUGCCUCCAAGUUUCCAGCCGCUGGCUACGCUCCUAUCAUAACUAAUACUUCUUAUAUUGGUGGUGUUGUGAGGCAGUUUGGCAAUCUCUCCUUUAGCCGCAUAUACGACGCAGGUCACAGUGUCCCGGCCUACCAACCCGAGACCGCUUUCCAAGUUUUUGCCCGAAUCAUAAUGGGCACCUCUCUCUCAACAGGAGAAACCAUCAAUUCAUCAGUCUACAAUACCACUGGUCCCCUGAAUGCCACACAUACCACAAGUCUCCCACCAUCCCCAACAAAUACAUGCUACCUUCGGAAUAUUCCCGGAACAUGUACAGAAGACGAACGGCAGUUGAUCAUCGCUGGGAAGGGGGCAAUUAUCGAUGGAGUACUUUAUAGUGAUUCCUCAGAUUACAGUGCUCCUACUAGCACUAUAACAUCAGCAGGUUCUGGAACUGCCAAGUCUGCCUCAGUUACCACCACUACAGAAAUCCUUACAGGCCUUUUCACUGCGACUGCUACACCUAGUCCUAGCAAAUCUUUUGCGAUUCCGGUAGCAAGAUUGGAUUUCAGGAUCUUGUCGCUAUUUGGCGCAAUAGGAUUCUCUUCUUUCUUCAUCUGA